AUGUAUGAUCAGGAGCGGCGAGACGCUCUCAAGCCCCUUCGAGUGCAGAAUGAGAUCACUUCCGCGAAGAUCGGUAAGAAGAAGGGAAACCUACAAGUCGUGUCGAAGCGCUUCAAGACGCGCGUCAUGAGGAUGCAGGACGGGCAGAGCAUCACGAACGCGUCGCGCACGAGGACGGUCUGGCUGGUCGCGCAGAGCAACGUUGCGGUGAAGAACAUGGCCGAGAAGCUCGCCGACGUCGACUUCUGGGACUUCAGGAUAUUGGUGUCGAAGGACUUUCAUUACGAUUGGCAUGAGCACCUAUACCACCAGAUCGAGGAACGCCUCAUCCGCUCGGACAUGUUCCCCGAGACUACUAUAGCCGCCUCGCGGAUGGUGCUGGGCGCGCGCGUCAUGCUCUGCACGCUAAGCUGCCUAUCCGUCGACCGCAUCCAGAGCAUCACCAAGGUCGUCCCACUACAGACCGUCCUCGUUGACGAGGCGUCCCAGAUCGAGGUCGGCGACUUCGUCCCGAUGAUCCACCAGUACCGCGAGACGCUGCAGAAGAUCGUGUUCAUCGGGGAUGACAAGCAGCAUCGCAUGCCGAUACAAUUGGGGAGCUUCAUAUCCAAGAACGUCUACAAGGGGAAGCUCAAGUCGCAGCACCUUAUACGCACGCCCUGCAUCAGCUUCAUCAACGUCGUCCACGGGCAAGAGAAGAGUGUCGGAACGAGCUGGACGAACGAGAGGGAGGUCACCACGAUCGUUGCCCUCGCGAGGAAAUACAUGCAGGAGGGGAAAAACUUCCGCGUUAUUACGCCCUACGACCCGCAACGUGGCGCUAUCGAGGCAGCGCUCAAACACGCCGACCUCAAGUGGGAAGACACCGUCUUCAAUGUUGAUUCCUUCCAGGGCAACGAAUGCGACCACAUCAUCGUAUCCCUCGUGCGAUCUGGGCACAAACUUGGCUUCCUCGCUCUACAACGGCGCGUUAAUGUCAUGCUCACGCGAUGCAAAAAGAGCAUGACGAUCGUGACAAAGAGGGCCUUCAUUGAGGGUGCAGGUGCAUCUUCUCUCGCUGGGAAGCUAGCGGCGGCCUGCGGCUCGGGGUCCUGGAGCGAUGCUUGA